CUGAUCACCAGCCGCACCACGAAAUAACAGAGAUUUUUUUUCCCCCUUUUUGGUGAAAGAAAUUUGGUUGGGGGGGCUGCUUAUCUCUGGUUGAUUUAGUUUUUAUUGUCUGUCUAAAACAUUUAGAGGUAUGCUUAAGAUCCUAAAUGUGAUUUAUGGAUUGCAAUGUAAAUUCUGUGAGCUGAAAGAGUGGUGAUAUGCUUAAACUAUGUUUUGUUUUAUAAACUUGAUGAUGUGAUGCUAUGAACAACUUGAAAAAUGUCUAGUCUAUAUAACACAUCUGUUUUACAGCUAAGUGGCUACAACAUUUCUUAUGAAGGCGUCUUUCCUGCUUUCCUUUUUGCUACCCUAAAUUAUAUGAUAAUCCUUUUCUGCAACCUUACUUUAAUUCUUACCAUUGUGAUGAACAAAUCUCUGCAUCAACCAAUGCACCUGUUCCUGGUGAACCUACCUAUUAAUGACCUGAUAGGUUCUUCAGCACUUUUUCCACAACUUCUUAAGGAGCUAUUGACAAACAGCAGAAGGAUGCAGCUUUCCGCUUGUAUUGCACAAGCUUUUUUCAUCCAUAUCUAUGCAGCAGGUACAGUGUUUAUUCUUAGUGCAAUGGCCUAUGACAGAUACAUCGCCAUUUGUCACCCUUUACGUUACAACACUGUUAUGACAAAUGCUCACAUAAUGAAAAUAAUCACCUUAGUUUGGUCUUCCUGUGUGGUUUUAAUAGCUGUGCUCUUCAUUCUUCUUUUACGCUUGCGCCGCUGUAGAUCUGAAAUUACACACUCUUACUGUGAUAAUCCGAGUUUGUUGACUUUGGUGUGUGAAGAUACAACCAUUAAUAACAUCUAUGGUCUUUUUAUAAGUGCUCUUUCACAAAUAAUAGCUAAUGGAACGGUUUUGUAUACAUAUCUUCGGAUCCUCAUUGCAUGUUUUAGAUCGAAACAGUCAGACACUAAAGCAAAAGCUCUGCAGACAUGUGCUACACAUUUAUUAGUUUUUCUCUUACUGGAGUGUUUGGGUCUUUUUACCAUCAUAUCAUACAGAAUAAAUAAUGUUCCGCCACACAUAAGAAGAUUUCUAGGAGUGUCAACAUUAGUUUUCCCCCCAACAUUAAACCCAAUCAUUUAUGGACUUAAGACAAAAGAAAUUCGGGAAAAAGUCAUGACAUUUUUUAGAAGGAAAUUGUUUUUUUAUUAAUGUACUGUGUUAAAAUCUGAACUUUUCAAAACGGUAACAUUUAUUUUGAAGGUUUUUUUAUUCUCACCAAAUAUACUUUUCACUGUAGAUCAUUGUAUUAUAUCUGAAAUAUGUAAUGAAAAUCAUAGACUGUUAUUUUUUUCCAUGUUCCUCAAGCUACUUAAGUACAAUGAUUGAAUAUCAAAGUUACAUUUGAGUGCUGCCAUUGUGUCACAGCAAGUUUGACUAGAAUAUGGACUAACGUGGACAUGUUAAUUAGUUCUUCUAAAUAUAUUAUUCGCUGGGCUAUUUAUGGAGCAUUAAAGAACAAUGUGUGUUCAGUGUGUGGAACUUUCUGUUUAAGAAUAAAAAUAGUUGGUGCAGAUUGUAAUUAAACUGGUAUUUAGGCUUUUUCUUAACAUGAGUCAUGCAUUGAUUUUUUACAGACACUUAUUGUAAUGUGAUAAAGUUUUGUGUUGGUAUAUAAGUGCACCCUAAAAGGACAUUUUGUUCUAUCUUUGUGUUUCCUUUACCUCAUCAAGUCCUGCAACAACUUUCCUGCUCUGGCAUCUGUAAAACAAAGUAAUAAUUGUUAAGUAAAAAAAUUAAUUGUGUGGUUUGCAUGUGGUUUUUGAAUCAGAGUCUAAUCCUGAAACUACAAACACAUCUGUUUAUGGCAGGCGGGUUCAUAAAACAGUUGAUUUACUUUAAAAAACAAAGAAAUUCAAGAAAUGAUUCACUCACCCCAAAAGUGGGAGAGCAUAGGAGUUCUGGAAAGAAAGUUAAUGAUUAGCAAAGUUUAAAGUUCCCCGAAAAGUCAUCAAAGAGAAGAUGAAGAGCUUCAAGCGAGCAAAAGACAUUUUUCACCAAUAAAGAACUGAAUUGCAAGGUGUCAUGCAGAGGCCACAGUAACUGAUAAGGAUUCUAUGGAGAACAAUCCAAAGGUGAAGAAGUAGCAAACUUUUUCACAAAUAAAGUACUACUGUUUAAUAAUUUAAUCCUUAAGUUUUAAAGAUGCACCUGGAAUGGUUUGGCUUUCUUUCUUUACUUUGUAGUUGUGAAAAAAGCCUGUAGCAGUGAAGGUUUCACUGUAAUUAUCAUUUAAGUGAUAGUUGUAAAAUGUAACGUUAGAUAACUAUCCUCUAUUUAAAUUCCACUACUCCACAUCGGACUUAUUAAAAAAAAUAAAAGAAUUUCUUGAAAACA